AUGUCGGUUUGCGUCUCUGGGUCGGAUAUUGAUUUUACGCAGAGGUUCGACAGUGGCACAGCAGCUGAGCAUCGGAAAAGUGGCCACACGAGGGCAUUAAAAGAACGCAUUCACAUUGCUUUUUUCUCUUUUUUGCCUUUUGCCUUUUGCCUUUGCGCCCCCGAACCGACCUGCUGGAUCAGGGGCGCUACGCCGAGACGCAUCCUGCCCAUGCGGGUUGACAGAAGGAUGGAAGGGAUUCUCGUCACUCACCUGCGGGAUUACCGGCUAGGUUUGCGCCAUUCGAGCAGGGCAAUAUCUUUUCCCGAGUCGGGAUUCGGACGACGUGGGGUUGAACAAGGGUAUUUGGGUAUCGACGGGGGGCUCGCCACCAACGGCAGCACCUCAUCUCGCGUCUGCGAGGAUGCUACCGACCUGCCAAUGAGAGAGUCGUCAAGUCAUGAGACUACUGCACUCGAUAGCAGACCUCAACCAACUUGCAUGAUCCCCUCCAUCCUUCGCUAA